AACGCUUUUUUGGAUUACCAUGACCUGGAUGACUGAGAACCUUCACAGACAUACAGUGUAUUGUAUUUACCUUUUUCUUUUUUUCACUUAUUAGCAUUUACAAGUAUUCUGCCUCUAGCUAAUGACAUCACAUUAAAGAGAAUAUGUUGGAUUUUAUCUUAUUAGGUAUUGUGAUGAUUGCAAGAAAUGUUAAAAUAUAAAACUAGCUAUGUAACAGAAAAUAAGAAAGAAUGCUACUACUGUAUGUAUUUGAAUGAAUGAGGAAAAGAAAUACUGUACAUUUUAUAGAAACACAUUCAUCUUACUGCAAAUUAUUGAAGAGGAUGCGAUGCCUUUCUGUGUGGAGUUGGCAUGUUCUCAGCAUGUACUCUGGCUUCCUCCCACCAUCGAGAGAUAUGCUCAUUAGGUUUGUUAGGCUGUUAGGCAUGAAUGGUUGUCUGCCUCUUUGUGUUAGCCCUGCAACAGACUGGAGACCGAUCCAGAGUGUCAGCUGGAGGGCAAGCAGUUAUAGAAGUUGAGACAAUCACAAGUGUAAAGCAGUUUAAAAUACCCUGUUUUAAUAUGUGCUAUAUAAAUAAAGUUAAUUAAUGUUACACUUGUCUAUUUCCUGCUCCUAACACAUCAACUGUGAGGACAACAUUGUCAGCUUUGUCACGACCUGUCGGCCAUGAGCUGGCUACUUUGUAUGCGUGUGUGAGGGCUGCUGGUGGGCGUGGUUUGGGCAGCUCCAGACUACACACCUGCUACUCAUCUCACCUGCACUCCGGUUCCUUGUCACCUAAUCAACUCCACUAUAAAGACCAGUCCGACCUUCCAGUCCCUGCCGGAUCGUCGCAUCAGCUCACCUUCACACGCUCUGCCUGAAACUAGAUCCGCCUGCCAGCAAGCCCAGACCGAGACCCCUGGAGCUCCGAUCCAUGCGCUCGCCCAGACUCUUCAGCAACUCACGCCACGACUCAUUUCUGUGUUUUCAAAUAAAACUCACUGAAAAUCACUUUAACUCCUGGUCUGCGUUUGAGUCCUGUCACCAGUCCUGACAAGCUUGCUGCCUGAUAUAUAUGUUUAGACAAUGAUGAGAUGUGUCCAAAAGACCUUUAAACACGUUUUUGAUUGUCAUGACCUGGAUGAACCUUCACAGACACAAUGACAAGUGUGCCACGCCCACAUGGGGAAAAAUACUGCUGCUGAGCUUCCUCAUCGUUUGUUUUUCAGAACUCAGAAGCAAGUACAGGUAUUUUUUACCUGGUGAGGUAAUCGGUCGGAUCGCUUUUACUUAUUUGACAAGAUGUCUCGUGGUCAGAGCUUUUCCACUGUAUUUGUGCUGCUUCAAGUGUUUUCAACAACAGGAGGUGCUCUCUAUGGUCACGGGUUGAUUCAUUGCCAGUUUAGUUCCUACGAUGGUCACGAUGCUGUUUACUUGGAGCAGUACUUCUUCAACAAGAUGUUGUUACUCCAAUACAAUAGCACCUUGGGGAAAAUGAUUGGCUUCACAAAGAAAGCAAAAGACUUGGCAGAUGGGCUCAACAAGAGUCCACCUUUUGUGAAGCACGAGAAGUGGAAAACAGAACUCUGCAAAAGAAACGCUCCACUGGCAUAUAAUGACCUCCUGAGCCCAGUCGAGCCCUACAUAGACCUGAGGUCAGUUAAAGCGACAGGUGGCAAGCAUCCAGGCAUGCUCAUCUGCAGUGCAUACAAUUUCUAUCCUAAACCAAUCAGAGUGACGUGGUUGAGAAAUGGAAAAGAGGAUACCUCUGAUGUGUCGUCCACGGAUGAGCUGCCCAAUGGGAACUGGCUCUACCAGAUCCACUCCUAUCUGGAGUAUACACCUACACCUGGAGAAAGGAUAUCCUGUAUGGUGGAGCACGCCAGCCUCAUGGAGCCCAAGGUUACUAACUGGGACCCAUUGCCUGAUUCAGUGGUGAAUAAGAUCUCUGUUGGGGCGGCAGGCCUGCUGCUGGGUCUGGUGUUUUCAGUUGGUGGACUGAUUUACUACAAAAAGAAAUCUGCCGGGCGGAUGUCGGUGCCAACAACUGAGGUUUUAUAUCCAGACGACACGGGCAAAACAGACCCACCUGAGAGCAUCCUCUACCCUGCAGAUGAAGUUGAGGCAGGAGUUGAAAACAGCCUCAUAUGCUUUGUCAACAAUUUCUUCCCACCUGUCAUUAAAGUCAGCUGGACCAAGAACAGUCUUCCUGUCUCCGAGGGGGUGUCGCUCAGUCGAUUUUAUCCCAACGAAGAUCAAACCUUCUACCAGUUCUCUACUCUGACGUUCACACCGAGGGAGGGAGAUAUUUACAGCUAUUGUCUCUUUGCACAUAUCAUGAAAAGCUGUCAGUUUAAUUCCAGUGCAGGUCACGGCAGUAUUUACCUGGAGCAGUACUACUGCAAUAAGAUCCUCUUAGGACAAUACGACAGCAGAUUAGGAAAAUUCACUGGCAACACACAGGAAGCUCAGAAGAUUGCAGACACCUACAACAAAGAUCCUGAAAUUAUGGUAAAACAGAGAUGGAUGACAGAGCACUGUGGGACCCACAUCCCACGCCUUUGUAAAUUCUUAAUGACGCUGAUUGAGCCCCGCGUCAAGUUGCGGUUGGUUGAGAAACCUGGUGGCAAACACCCAGGCGUGCUCGUCUGCAGUGUGUACGAUUUUUACCCGAAACGUAUCAGAGUGACGUGGCUGAGAAACGGGAAAGAGAUGCCUUUUGUUGUAACGUUCUCAGAGAAAAUGUCCAAUGGAAACUGGCUGUACCAGAUGCACUCUCACCUGGAAUUUACACCCAGAACUGGAGAAAAAGUAACGUGUAUGGUGGAACACGCCAGCUUCAUGGAGCCCAAGCUUUAUGACUGGGAUCCGCUGGCUGCGUCAGAGAAAAUUAAGGUGGCGGGUGGGACAGCAGGGCUGCUGGUGGGUCUGGCCUUUUUAUUCACUGGGUUGAUCGUCUACAAGAAGAGAGGAACUGCUGGUUUAAAUCCACAGCAUGGAAACAGAGAAGCUGUGAGGACACAUGAGGACUCUGAUUAAACCCAACAUCACUGUCUGUGUGUGGAUCACUCAACAGGUCGGAUACAUAUAUUAUGUGUGGAGCUCGGAAAUUUUUAAAAAUAAAAAUCCUCAUCUCAGGAAAAUCUGAAAACACUGUGAUUGUCUUCCUUGCAGUAAAUAAUAUGUGACCCACGUUCACUCUGCACACUGAUUAGGACCUCAUUGUGUUAGUUAGUUUGUGCCAUUAAACUGGAUUGAAAUAACCACAGAAGUGUUUCUGUUAUUUAGCUUAACCCACUGACUGAAACAGGGUUGUCGAAAUAACACAAACAUUUGUUGGUGCAAACAAUACAAUUCAAUAAUACUACUACAGCUCUCUCUGUUAUUUUAGACAAAUGCUGAAUACCAUAA